CCGGCGCUCUGACAGCCCCCGGCGCUCCCUCGGUGGCGGGCGCAGCGGCUCCGGCGGCGGCAGCGGCGGCGGCGGCGGCGGCUCCUGGCGGCCGCCCCCCUCUUCCUCGGCGCGGACCAUGUUCGCCAAAGGGAAGGGCUCGGCGGUGCCCUCGGACGGGCAGGCGCGGGAGAAGCUGGCGCUGUACGUCUACGAGUACCUGCUGCACGUCGGCGCCCAGAAGUCUGCGCAGACCUUCCUGUCCGAGAUCCGGUGGGAGAAGAACAUCACGCUAGGCGAGCCCCCCGGCUUCCUGCACUCCUGGUGGUGCGUGUUUUGGGACCUGUACUGCGCAGCUCCCGAAAGGCGAGACACUUGUGAACAUUCGAGUGAAGCCAAAGCCUUUCAUGACUACAGCGCAGCUGCUGCCCCGAGUCCCGUGCUUGGAAACAUUCCCCCGAAUGACGGGAUGCCCGGGGGCCCCAUCCCGCCCGGGUUCUUCCAGGGACCGCCUGGGUCACAGCCCUCGCCACACGCACAGCCUCCACCCCACAAUCCUAGCAGCAUGAUGGGACCCCACAGUCAGCCGUUCAUGUCGCCGCGCUACGCCGGAGGUCCCCGGCCCCCCAUCAGGAUGGGCAACCAGCCCCCGGGUGCCGUUCCCGGUACACAGCCAUUGCUGCCCAAUUCGAUGGAUCCCACGCGACAGCAAGGGCACCCUAACAUGGGCGGCCCCAUGCAAAGGAUGAAUCCUCCACGAGGGAUGGGCCCCAUGGGUCCCGGUCCGCAGAACUACGGCAGCGGCAUGAGACCUCCACCCAACUCCCUAGGUCCUGGCAUGCCUGGAAUUAACAUGGGGCCGGGCGCUGGUAGACCGUGGCCGAACCCCAGCAGUGCUAACUCAAUCCCAUAUUCUUCUUCAUCGCCUGGUACAUAUGUGGGUCCGCCCGGUGGCGGUGGCCCUCCAGGGACACCCAUCAUGCCCAGCCCUGCAGAUUCAACAAAUUCAAGUGACAACAUCUACACAAUGAUUAAUCCAGUACCGCCCGCAGGCAGUCGAUCGAAUUUCCCGAUGGGCCCCGGCUCUGACGGCCCCAUGGGCGGCAUGGGCGGGAUGGAGCCCCAUCACAUGAACGGAUCGUUAGGGUCAGGAGACAUAGAUGGACUUCCAAAAAAUUCUCCAAACAACAUAAGUGGCAUUAGCAAUCCCCCGGGCACUCCAAGAGACGACGGGGAGCUGGGAGGCAACUUUCUCCAUUCCUUCCAAAAUGACAAUUAUUCCCCCAGCAUGACGAUGAGUGUGUGAUUUCCCUCCCCCUCCUCCUCUCCAGGAUCAAGAGAGUCAGCUGCCGUUCGGAGGAUCUCAACGAAUUAUGCAAGAAGAAGAAGAAGAAGAAGAAGCUAGGUGUAUGGGCAGGGACACGUGUGGCGGGGGCCAAAACCCCAGGUUUAGUUUCAUGCAAUAAAAAGGCUGAACUUUUUAUUCCAUAAAACAUGAAGGACAAAACUUAAAAUAUUUCAAGACAUGACAAGACCCUUCUUUGUGCAGAAGGGUUUAUAUAUGUACAUGACACUUCUUUUUGGAAACAAACGGAAGCCUCUAGCACCCAACUCCGAUCUCUUUGCUUUGUUCUUUUAAAUAAAGACAGAAACCGAACCUGUUGUAUGUUUGUGCCGUGCGACACCAGGAAGCUAGUCUAGAUAUGAAAUCAUGUUGUCUCUGUUGUAGUCAUUUUUUUAAAUAAACUGGACAGUUUACAAUGGU